AUGGCGGACAUUCAGAGGGUCCUGCUGGGAGAAACUGGCAAGGAGAAACUCCCGCGUUAUUACAAGAACAUCGGUCUGGGCUUCAAGACACCUAAGGAGGCCAUUGAGGGCACCUACAUUGACAAAAAAUGCCCCUUCACUGGUAAUGUUUCUAUCCGAGGACGUAUCCUGUCUGGUGUGGUGACCAAGAUGAAGAUGCAGAGGACCAUUGUCAUCCGCCGAGACUAUCUCCACUAUAUCCGCAAGUACAAUCGCUUUGAGAAGCGCCACAAGAACAUGUCUGUACACCUGUCCCCUUGCUUCAGGGAUGUCCAGAUCGGAGACAUCGUCACAGUGGGCGAGUGCCGGCCCCUGAGCAAGACUGUACGCUUCAAUGUGCUCAAGGUCACCAAAGCCGCUGGCACCAAGAAGCAGUUCCAGAAGUUUUGA